AUGCUGACACCGCUGUUGCUGCUUAUAACCUUCAAAUCUACUGAUGCUCAGCUAGGGAAUUUAUUUGGAGGCCUGUUCUCUGGUCUUGGAGGCCUGUUUCCAGGGUUAGGAGGUGGAGGCUUAUUUGGAGGCAUGCAACCAGGCGGCAUGGGAGGCGGUGGAUGUUGCUGCUGCUGCUGUUGUUGUUGUCCAAGUGGUGGCACCGGGGUUGUGCAACCACCACCAACCCCACCUCCUCCUGUCUGUCCUCCUUGCCCGCCCUGCAUUCCACAAGUACAACAACCAGUGAUUCAACAACCAGUAAUCCAACAACCACCUGUUUGUCCACCCUGUCCAGCAGUCCAACAACCAGUAGUCCAACCACAGCCAGCUUGUCCACCCUGCCCACCAGUGACAAUACAGAUACAAUCUCCUGCUAGUGUAGUACAACCUCCUAUACAAUCUCCUAGUUUAAGACCACCUCCUGACGUUAACAUUCCACCAGGAGCGGUACCAGCACCCAUGCCAUCAUACGGAGCUCCAUCAGCUGUAGCACCGGCAUCCGCACCCUACGGUGCUCCAGCCCCUUCAUAUGGAGGACCUCUA